AUGUCGUGGUUCAAAGGAGCAGUGUCCCUUGCCAGUAUUGCCGCAAAGAGAAGAGUCAAGCCUAUGAACACUAUCGUUCGAUCUGCUGUUCCCCGACGAGCACCAAGAGUCAUUGAGACUCAAACCCAGCAGAGCGGCCCCACUCGAAGUUCGAUUAUCCAAGAGAUACUGAGCCAGAACCAAAGCCCAGGUUCCAAGGUUACAUUCGGAGCGGCAAUGCUUCUCGGCGCUACCAUGCUCAUUACUCCGUUCAAGGAGGGCUCUCCUGCACGAGUAAUCCUGACCAGCACGGAAGCUUUGGUACGCCAACGAAAGUCACAGAGAGCACCUGCAAUGCUCAAGAACUGGCUCAAAGCCUCUUACGUGUGGAUCGUCAUCCACGUAUGGACCCUACUCCUGGCCAUCGCUACCUGGAAGUUUGCAAGGUCCUGA